CUUCCUCUCAGCGUCACCAGCGGAAGUAAAACAAACAGGCUCCAGCAGCAGCUGGAGGACGGUUGUGUUUUCAUACUUUACUGAAUAUUUCAGUAUUAAUGUGUUAAUUUCCUCAGCCGGGAAUGUUCAGGGUUUAAAGAAAAGCUUCUCGUUGGAGGAAAAGAUGGAGGAUCUCCGCCGGAAACCCGAAACUAAACCGCACAGAGUCGAUUUUCUAAAUCAGCAUGUUUGGAAGGAGGAGGAAGAUCUCUCUGAGCAGCAGCUUUGGACCCAACAGAACUACUCUGUUCUGGACCAGGAGGAACUCAGAUGUCCAGGUAUUAAAGAGGAACAGGAGGAACCAGAACUUCCUGAUGCUGCAGAGGAACAAGAUGAGGAAGUACUGGCAGAUCAGAGGGAACCAGAACAUUUACUGAUCAAAGAGGAACAGGAGGAACUGCAACUUUCACGCAUUAAGAAGGAACCAGAACCUGCAGGAUUCGGAUCAGAUCAAGGGGAACCCGAACAUUUAGUGAUUAAAGAGGAAACAGGACAACCUGAACCUUCACACAUAAAGGAGGAACAGGGUGAACUAGAGCUUUCAGGGGUCAAGAAGGAGCAGGAGGAACCAGAACCUGCAAUAGAACCUGCAGUAGAACCUGGAGGACAUUCAGAACGGUCCCAGUUUGCAGUCGACCUUGAGGAGCCUCAGCUGCUGUCCUUCAUGAUCCACAGCAGUCAGCAGAUCCAGCAGCUGUUGGUGACCCACUCUGCUGAUGGGUUAUUGGACUCCUGGUCGGAUCAGAGGCGCAGCUCCAGGGAACCAGAACUGGAACCAGGAGUGGAUCAUCUGUACAGCCGGUCUGGUUCUGAAGCUCAGGGCCGGAAUGAGCCAGGAAGCAGCGGUCCUGUGUCUGAUAGCCGGGUCCACUCCAACCCGGAACCACCUGUGAAAUGUGACAUCUGUGGGAAAGUGUUCAGGUACGAGCACAGCCUGGUGGAACACCAGGGCGUCCACUCGGGCGUAAAGCCAUACGCCUGCGACACGUGUGGGAAGAGCUUCACGCAGCCUAGCGGGCUGAAGGUCCACAUGAGGAUCCAUACUGGGGAGAGACCCUUCACCUGCGAGACCUGUGGGAAGAGCUUCCGCUACAGCAGCCAUUUCCACGUCCACCGCAGGACUCACACAGGGGAAAACUCCUUCUCCUGCAACACCUGUGGGAAGGUCUUCACUCGGAUUCGCAGCCUGAACGUACACAUGAGGUUUCACACGGGUGACUGGCCGUUUUCCUGUGACACGUGUGGGCGGGGCUUCAGUAACGGCUUCCAGCUGGACGUCCAUAGGAGGACGCACGCCGGCGAGUGGCCCUUCUUCUGUGAGACCUGCGGGAAAGGAUUCUGCAGGCGCUUCAGUCUGAAGGUUCACAGGAAGACGCACACAGCCGAGAGGCCCUACAAGUGUGAAACCUGUGGGAAAAGUUUCCGUGACCCUUCGUAUUUAAACGUUCACAAGAAAACUCACACAGGGGAGAAGUACUCCUGCUCCACGUGUGGGAAGAGCUUCACCCAGCUGGGCAGUUUGAACGUCCACAGCAGGAUGCACACAGGAGAGCGGCCAUAUCUGUGUGUGACGUGUGGAAAAGGUUUCAUCAACAGCAGCCAGCUGAGCCUGCACAGCAGGACUCACACGGGUGAGAAACCAUUUUCCUGCGACGCCUGUGGUCAGAGCUUCUCCAGGAACAGCAGCCUGGUCGUUCACAUGAGGACACACACCGGGGAGAGACCCUACCACUGCAGGACAUGUGGGAAAAACUUCACCCAGUACGGCGUUUUGCAGAUCCACGUCAGAACCCACACCGGGGAAAAACCCUUUUCCUGUUCAGCAUGUGGAAAAAGAUUCAAUCAGAGCAGCAGUCUGAUCAAACACAUGCAGGUUCACACACAGAGGAAGGCUGCUCCUCUCUAAGCCUUCAAAACGUAGAUCUACAGGUUAAAGAAUUUUAGUUAACAUAGACCUGGAGGGUAGAUGUGGGCAAGUCUUCUGGUUGUACCAAGUUCUCUGUCAGGUUUCCCUCAAAUUGCUUCUUUAAAAUUCUUUUGACCUUGUUAAAUUACAGGUUAUGUGAGACAGUUUAAAGUUUGGUUUUAGUUGGAGAUAUUUUUAUUUCUGCUUUCAGAUACAUUAAUAUAAUCUCCAAACAUAACAACAAAGAGUAAAACAUGGCAGGAA